AUGGGUCGUGUGCGUCGUUUCACACUGAGUCAAAUCAACACCGAGGGCAUGCAGCAUCCCCUUGUACUAGCUGCUCGGAGACAGAGCGUUAAUCUCUCCUCUACGGGAAUUGGGGAGGACAGCCGUCUCUCCUCACAGUACCGCCUCGGUGGCAUCGGGAGCCUGGAGGAGGAGCCCGAAGAAUCGGUAGAUGAUGAUGCUGAUGAUGAUGGUGACGAUGAAUCCGAAGAUAAUCGAUAA